AUGGCAAAUCGGAUCCUCCUUCUGCUGCUCUCGGGGGCCCUGGUUCUGAUCCAGAUCCAGGCAGGUUCCCACUCUCUGAGGUAUUUCCUCACCGCUGUGUCCCGGCCCGGCCAAGGGGAGCCCCGUCUCAUUGGCGUUGGCUACGUGGACGACACACAGUUCGGGCGGUUUGACAGCGACGCCCCAAAUCCGAAGGUAGAGCCAAUGGCGCCGUGGAUGGGGCGGAUGGACCCGGAGUUUUGGGACCGGCAGACACGGAUCGCCAAGGUCCGCGAACAGACCUACCGAGAGUACCUGCGGAACCUGCGCGAAUACUACAACCAGAGCGAGGCUGAGUCUCACACCUACCAGGGUAUGUAUGGCUGCGACGUGGGUCCGGAUGGCCGCCUUCUCCGUGGGUACAAUCAGAGAGCUUAUGAUGGUGUGGAUUACAUCUCCCUGAAUGAGGAUAUGCGUACCUGGACGGCGGCAGUCACAGCGGCUCAGAUCACCAAGCGCAAAUGGGAGGAGACUGGUUUGGCAGAGCGCUACAAGACCUACUAUGUGGAGGGCAGGUUCCUGGAGUGGAUCCAUAGAUACCUGGAGAUGGGGAAGGAGACACUGUUGCUCACAGAGCCCCCAAAGGCACAUGUGACUCACCACCCCAUCUCUGAACAUGAGGUCACACUGAGGUGCUGGGCCCUGGGCUUCUACCCUGCGGCAAUCACCCUUACCUGGCAGUUGGACGGAGAGGAACAGACCCAGGACACAGAACUUGUGGAGACCAGGCCAUCGGGGGAUGGGACCUUCCAGAAGUGGGUGGCCUUGGUGGUUCCCUCUGGAAAGGAACAGAGAUACACCUGCCAUGUGCAGCAUGAGGGGCUUCCUGAGCCCUUCACCCUGAGAUGGAAACUGCCUUCCCAGACCACUGCCCCCAUUGAGGGAGUCAUUGCUGGCCUGAUUCUCCUCGGAGCUGUGAUCCUGGGAGCUGGGAUUGUUGUAGCUGUGAUGCAGAGGAAGAGGAGCUCAGGUGAUAAAGAAGCAAGCUACACACCAGCUUCAAGUAAUGACAGUGCCCAGGGCUCUGAUUUGUCUCUUACUCCUUCUAAAGGUGAGACCCUGGGGAACCUGACCUAG